UGUAGGAAGUCCCUGGGUUGUUUUGGAUUUUCAGACCACGUGGAGGCACAAGGCAACUUUCCUCCGGUCUAUCUGUGGCUUCGUAGUGUUCUCCAAACUUUCAGUGACCCAACAAGCAACGACCCCGUGUUGUGAGAGAUGUCAGCGGGUAGUCAGACCACCAGGAGCCGGGAAAUCCCAGCCGUCAGACGGGUCGCUGUCCACGAUGCUGCUCAUAUGCCCCAGGACUACUCCACGACCCCCGGGGGAACUCUGUUCAGCACCACGCCAGGAGGUACCCGCAUCAUCUACGACAGGAAGUUCCUCCUGCAGUGUCGGACGUCUCCUCUGGCUCGUACGCCUCCCAACCUACCGGACAUCCCAGGAGUCACCAGGCCGCUCAAACCCAGCAACUCCGCUGUCACAAACCAGCCCGAACAGACGCCUAACAAUAACACUGACCACAGCCUCUGUACAGGGAGCCCAGGAGAAGAUGCCCAGUUUGAAAUGGACAUCUGAAGAGAGUCGCCUACAAGGAUAAAAAUAAUGUCCAUUGUUUUUGUUUACUGGGAUAAGUCCAUUUGAAACGAGAAGCCUAGUCUUACUAAACUGUGUAAUCUUCUUUCAGAUUUGUUUUGAAAACAAGGCGGGAUUUUUUGUGAAUGUGUUAAAAUGUAAAAUACACAACAACACUAACUGAUGCACCUGACUUUGUAUGACCGGUGUCAUAUACAAGUAAGUGUACGUUUUGUUAAAAUUAAGCCAUUCAUAUUUUAUGUGAUUUGAGUCAUUUCAUGAGUUUAAAAACAUGUCUUUAAAACUUUCAAUGUUAAAAAAUUAAAAAAAAAAAAAAAAAAAAGA